AAGCAAUCAAACAAACACACACUUGCUAGUUUGUGUUUGUUCUGUGUUUGGGGAAUCCGGAAUCUUAGGUUACAUUUUUAAUGUAGUUGUGAAUUAGAACUAUAGUGCAAUAACAGUUCAGUUACUUGGCUGUGUAGUGUUUCUCUUACAUUUGACAAUUUAAAUAAUAGCCUACUUGUCAAAACUUAUUUUGCGAGGUAUAAGGUAUUUAAAAAAUAUAGAACCAUGGCUUAUAGAGAUUCUGGUAAAACGAAACUCUCCAAAGGUAUUCUUGAAAUGAAGUUUAUGAAAAAAAGUAAAGACCAAGCUCUGAAGGAGAUACAGGAUGAAGAAGGAAGGAUGCUCUUUGAGGACCAAUUAACUGAGGGGAUGAAAGCUGGAAUAAGCAACUACAUAUUGGAACCAAGUUUUAUUCCCUGUGAAGGGUUAAUUGAUGGGCGACUAUCUUUCCGAGGAAUGAAUCCUGAAAUAGAACGCUUAAUGGAAUUAGAAGAAAUUGCUAAAAGACCACCAGUGAACACGUCCAUGAGUGCAGAUAUCAGUGAUGUUGAGAUGGUUCAGUACAGACAGUCAUUAGUAGAAACUGUCGCAAGCAAAUACAAAAGUAAGAAAAGUCGUAAAAGCAAUGAAAAAAAGAAUUCAGAUGACGUACACUCAAACCAGGAUAAGCCUCCAAAAAAAAAGUACAAGUUUAUAAAGCCAAAAGACGAAUAAAGUGUUUUAAUUGUGAGGAUUAUUGUACUGUUAAUAUUGAUUUUAUCUGUAUAUAACAAAUUACAUUUAAUUAUAUUUUUA